AUGAACGGGGGGUGUGGAGACGGGGGAGCGGAGACAGGGACGACGAAAGAGAAGGAAGGAGAUGAGGCGAGGAAUGAGGACGGGAGAGGAAGCAGGUAUGACGCGAGGAAUGACACGGGGGAAAUGAAGCGGUGUAUGAGGCUAGGAAUGAGGCGGGAAGAAGAAGCGGACAUGAGGCAAAGAAUGAUACGGGGAGAGGAAGCGGGGAGAGGAAGCGGACAUGAGGCGAAGAAUGAUACGGGGAGAGGAAAGAGGAUGAGGCGAGAAAUGAGCGGGGAUGAGGCGAGAAAUGAGGCGCAGACGACGACGAGGAGAGUGGCGGAGGGAAACGGAGGCGGGGAGCGAGAGCGGGGAACCAGCGCCGUAUGUGGCCGACAUAGCGCUGGCUCGUCCCCAGUGGCAGAGGAAGCAGUUACUCUUGGGGUGUGGAUUUGGAAGGUCGAUGCCCCCUUGGCGAGGCGGAAGAGACAGCUGACAGAAAGAGGAGAGAGGCGCCGGGAGGAGCGAGACGGGCGGAAAGAGAGAGAUGGAGGUGGAGGAGGGCGAGUUGUUCCCCCCGUCUCCCCACCCCCCCGCGCACGCGCCCGUGGCCGCGCAUCGCACGGGCAGGCAGCGCCUCCAUUGUCCUCAGAGCGGGAGGAACACGCGCCAACUUGUUUCAGCGCAGUCGCGCACAGGGUAACAACUCCCAAGCGGUUGGAACACGGCCGGCACAAUGGAGUCUUGGCGAUUCAAGGAGAACUGGGCGCACGUGGAGAUAAAGCAGGUCGGGACGCGGACAAAUGCAAUAGGUCGCAUGGUGGACGGAAGGGGUUGAUAGGGUCAGAGUGGGGAUGUGAGGGUGAUAAAGGGAUGAGAGGAUACAGGAACGAAGUCAGGCGUGUUGUGAGGAGAGUGAUGGGGCGGCGAGGUGACGGGGAGAAGAGGGGGUGGCAAGGUAACGGUGACGAAGCGAGGGCAACGACGCGAGAGCUGGGGGUGACGAGUGGCGAGACCACGGCCAGGGUGGCGAAGCGAGGGGUAGGGGUAGGCGAGGGUGACGAGGCUGGGGUAACGAGGCCAGGGAGAUGGCGACGAGGUGAUGGCGCGAGGGACGAGGGGAGGGGGCGAGGCGAUGGCAAGAGAAGGGAGGCGAGAGGUGAAGGCGGCGCAGAGCUGCCUGUUGCCGCCUUCUGCUCUUCGCACAAACAGCUCGUAAUUGGUCGCCCCCGCUCCGCUUAA